GCCCCGGGGCCUUCUGUCAGCCCAGUCAGCCCCACCUCCCCGGACUUCUGGCAGGUCUGGGUCUGCGAGCUGCCGAGUUAUCCCGCAGCCUAGCACUGUAGCAGUAACCGUGACUCGAGAACUAGCGAGAAGGACAUGCUGAGACACUGCGUCGGGCGUUUGGGCGCCCAGCUCGACAGCCUGCGCUGGGGGCUCCAAAGUUCAGCCUUGGGAAGAGUCCGGGGGCUUGUGUCCUGCAUUGACCCUUCCUUGGGCCUUAAUGAUGAGCAGAAGGCGUUCCAGAAAGUAGCUUUUGACUUUGCCUCACAGGAGAUGGCCCCCCAAAUGGCAGAAUGGGACCAGAAGGAGAUAUUUCCAGUGGAGAGCAUGCGGCGGGCAGCACAGUUGGGCUUUGCUGGUGUCUAUGUUCGGUCUGAUGUAGGAGGGUCAGAGCUCUCCCGGCUUGAUGCCUCUAUCAUAUUUGAGGCCUUGGCUACAGGUUGCACCAGCACAACAGCCUACAUCAGCAUCCACAACAUGUGUACCUGGAUGAUUGACUUCUUUGGAAAUGAAGAACAGAGGCACAAAUUCUGCCCUUCACUCUGCUCUAUGGAGAAGUUUGCUUCCUACUGUCUGACUGAGCCAGGAAGUGGGAGUGAUGCUGCCUCCCUUUUGACCUCAGCCAAACGGCAAGGGGAUCAUUACAUCCUUAAUGGCUCCAAGGCUUUCAUCAGUGGUGCUGGUGAGUCAGACAUCUAUGUGGUCAUGUGCCGCACUGGAGGAUCAGGCCCUAAAGGGAUUUCCUGCCUGGUCAUUGAGAAGGACACCCCAGGCCUCAGCUUUGGGAAGAAGGAGAAGAAGGUAGGAUGGAAUUCCCAUCCAAUAAGAGCUGUGAUCUUCGAAGACUGUGUUGUACCUGUGGCCAACAGGAUCGGAGAUGAGGGACAGGGUUUCCUUAUUGCCAUGAAAGGACUGAAUGGAGGGAGGAUCAACGUUGCCUCCUGCUCCCUUGGAGCUGCUCAUGCAUCAAUCGUCCUGGCCCGUAACUACCUCAAUGUCCGUAAGCAGUUUGGAAAGCCCCUGGCCAGUAACCAGUACUUGCAGUUCAAACUAGCUGACAUGGCUACUCGACUGGUGGCUUCCCGGCUAAUCAUCCGCAAUGCAGCUGUGGCCUUGCAAGAGGAGCGAGCAGAUGCUAUGGUCCUCUGCUCCAUGGCUAAGCUCUUUGCUACAGAAGAGUGCUUCUCGAUAUGCAACAAGGCCUUACAGAUGCACGGUGGCUAUGGCUACUUGAAGGAUUAUGCCGUUCAACAGUAUGUAAGAGACUCUCGGGUCCACCAGAUUUUGGAAGGUAGUGAUGAAGUCAUGAGGAUGCUUAUCUCUAGGAACUUGCUUCAGGAAUAGCACCUGGAACAGCAUUUCCAGGCCCAGUUCCUGCUUGUGCCUCCUCCUGUCCAGUAUUAGUGCUAAAUUCCAGAGGAAAUCCUUCAGCCAUAGGCUGAACCCUCUGAGGGCAGCCCUACAAAGCCACCUUUUCAGAUGGGAUUACAGCAAGGUGUCCAGAGGAGAUGAAGAGGAGCAGAACUGGCAGCCUGGAUCAGAAAAUUCAAAGGAAGAAAUUGUUUUGUGAUGCCAAGAUGCUUUUUGUCAGUUAUUGAAGACUACCAGUGGCAUGGGUUAGAACCUACUCCACAGCCAAGGCACUUUGUUGGUACCACAUUGCCUUAAGCUACCUACAUUUGACCCUUGUAAGAAGCAUUUAACCAUCCACCUUUCUAUAACACUUUAAGAUUUACAAAGUGCUUACUGAAAAAUCAUCCUGGAGGCAGGGAGUGCAGGUAUUUUCCCUAUUUUACAGAUAAGAAAACUAAGGCUUAGAGUACAAUGACUUGUCCAGGGUUCCACAAGCUGGUUGGGACUAGGAUUCACAGCCAGUUCUGCUGACUCUAAGCCUGGGUGCUCUUUUCACCAUAUACCUCUAGAUUCCUUUCCCGGAAACCUGGAUAUUUUCAUUAUGUGCUUUUGCUAAAUAAAUCAAAGAUCUGGGGAAGAUGCAACUGAGGGGACAAUCCUGUUGUUUUUAAAAUAAAUUUAUACCUCAGCAAAAACUCCCCAAAGAACUGCCCCUCCCAAAAAGAAAAAAAUGUGCUGUGUUCCAAAACAGACAUUGAAUUGUAUGAUGCAUCAUCUGGAAUGGGGAAGCUAUGUGAUUCAGUGGAUUGAGAGCCAGGCCUAGAAAUGGAAGAUCAUGAGUUUAAAUGUGCUCUCACAUACUUCCUAGCUGUGUGACCCUGGACAAGUCACUUAAUCUCUGUUUGCCUUAAUCUUAAGAAGGAAAUGGGAAAAAAACUGCAGUAUCUUUGCCAAAAAAGACCCAUAUGGGAUCACAAAGAGUUGGACAUGACUGAAUCAUUUAACAAAGACAAUAAUAAAUCUGAGCAUUUAUUUUAGUCAAGGUCAAAUGAAUCUUUGAGAAAUCUUGCUCCUGACCUGGGGGUAUGUCUACUUUAUGCUUUUUUUUUCAUAGAUCAGGUAAGACUGAUUUGUUGAAAUGUUGAUAUAUUUGUUUUUCUUAUACCAAUAAAAUCAUACAGAUGAGA